AUGGUAAUCGAUGGUAAAAAAUACAGUUUGAGCCAAGCAGCCAAAAGCGUUAUUAAGGAGUUGGCUGGCAGGAAAUAUUUGCUAGAAAAAGAGUUUGGAGGCAGGGUAAAAACAUGUAUAGCAUUUACUCACACGCUUGCAGAAUUAAACGUAGAGUUUCACUCACUAAGAGCAAUAAUAUUUUAUAUGCUCGAAGGAAUUGCAGAUAGUUACACUGCUAGAAAAAUACAAUAUAGAGAGCGACGACAUAUUGAGCGAGAUACUAGCAAGUCUAUAAUUGAAGUGUUAGAAUUAUUUGCUAAAAAGCUGACGUCUUGUGUAAAGUAG